UCUGGUGACCUUCCUCGGUGGAAAUCGGUUUGUUUUUAUACCGGACAUGCACCGGGUAGCGUUAAAGGGAUGGCGUAUGGACUCUCAUAUGCAACGACACACGGUUAAACACUUAGUGAAUUCUAACGAAAGUAUAAAUGGCUGCAGAGUUGGCCUACAGAUAUACACUCCGGUUGGAAAUACACUGAAUCAUUCUGUUGAGGUGUUUGGAGGGACAAGGAACCUAUAAGUUUGUUCUGGUGGUCCACUAAUUUCUUAUAAACUGAAGAGAUGUUCCCUAAAGGGACUGUGUCAGCGGCGGGUGCACCGACCGAGAAACCACCGGUUACCGCCCAGAAAGAAUCCACUGUAGUCUACAUGGUCGACAAUACAGAGUCACAGGUUGAUGCUGUGAACGAGUCCUAUUGGCGUACCCAACGAGCAAGGAUUUGCGCAUGCGCUGUCGUUCUGACUACACUCAUCCUGGUCGCUGGUACCCUGGGUGGGAUCUUCAUCAUACUAACACAUACGAAGGGAGUGGUAACCAUUGACCCCACCCCGAGCGUCAACCAAGACCACGAACCUCUAAUCAGUAAUGAAGUGCCGUUGCCGAAGCUUCCCGAGUCAACAAUCCGCAUUAAGAUCGACGAUGGUGGACUUGUACCGCCAACGGAACCCACGACCCCAGACCUCAUAGCUAUCGAUGACGUCACAGACUACGUCACAGAUGAGGUCUUGCCAUCAAGCAGUAUUGAUUACGAUUCGUCUUCACAGCCACCUUCGGUCGCUUCUUACAACCGCCUAGGCAAGAAUUACAUCAGUUCAUCCUACCCACACGACAGUUGGUACGCAAACGGACAAGAAAGUAUCCCACCCUCGGAUCGGAGCGAUUGGAUCGGUCCAUCAGAGCGGGAAAGGGAGGAGGCCGAGGAAGAGGUUUCGGGAGAUGAUCAAGGGGAGACUGUCUAUGGCUCCGGUGAGGAGCCGGACUCACCUAGCGCUGAUACAAGCGUCAGGUUCCCAGACAGCAGUAGCGACGCGUACCAUUGGCGCUCACGUGCCUCCGAUGGCAUCGUGGCCAGCAGCUGGUGGGACCGCAACGAAUACGACAGUUCCGAGUAUGAACUCUACUCUUUAUAAACUGUGCUAGAGUUUAAAGCCACUUGACACCUUGGGUGAUUGUCAAAAGCCAGUCUUCUCACUUGGUUUAUCUCAACUCAUGCUUAAAAAUAACUACAUUUGAAAAUUUGAACUCAAUUGGUCGUCGAUGUUGCGAGAGAGUGGAAGGAAAAACACCAUUGUCGCACAAAUUGUGCGCUUUCAGAUGCUUGAAUUCGAAACCAUUGCUGAGGUUUCCAUUAAUUCCAAAUGCUGUAGUGAGAAAUUACUUCUUUCUGAAAAACUACACUACUAAAGAAGGAGCUAUUUCUCACAUUGUUGUACUACAAA